GUCAAAUUCUGAAAAAUAAAAGCGUUAAAAGCGUUGCAAGUACACAGUCACACAGUAUUACUUGUUCGGCUUGAUCCUCGACUAUUUAAUCCAUGAGUACGACUAGCCGCAUUGCUUGCAAAUUUUAUCAGCAAGGCAGGUGUCUCAAAGGAGCAAACUGUAACUUCUCGCAUACAAUUGGUACAGCCAACAACAACAAUAACAAUGCAUCUUGGGGCAGCAAACCUGCUUUUGGCGGAAGCGCGGCGCCGAAUGAGAUGCCAAAGUACAAUGAAACGUCGCUGAAAUCCGAUUUGGCUUCCCAAGAGAAACCUGUUUGGGAUCUUAGUGUGUAUGGUCCAGCGAAAGAAGAACCUAACUUGAUAGUCGGAACGGACCGCAGCUUUGAGGAAGACAGAUUAAAGUAUUAUUUAUCAAGGCUACAAAGUGGAAACGAGAACCAAUUCCUUCAAGAACGCGAGCAGGCCUUGCAAGUCAUGAAUCAGCAAGUGAACGCAAUAGUCAAUAACCCAACAGCAGCCAUACAGCAUUUCAAUGGUCAAAAAAGUAAAGAUUCCUCAGCGUUUGGUAGCUCUUCAAAUACUGCACAAUUUGAGCCAUUCGUGAGUAAUUCUGGAUUCGGUUCCGGUGGAGGAUUUGGAAACACAGGGAGUGCGUUUGGCAACAACAGUACCAGUGCUUUUGGGAACACUGGUAGUGCAUUUGGUGCUGGCGCUAAUAAACAGCCGACCAGCGCAUUUGGAGGUAGCGCAUUUGGAGGAAGUGCCUUUGGUAAUACCGGCAGCGCCAGCACUGCACCAGCAUUUGGAUCAACAGGAUUUGUGAAUAACUCAGCAUUUGGAAACAUGUCACAACCGUCUACAAGCGCGUUUGGCAACACAGGUAGUGCCUUUGGCGGCGCAACUCCGAAUCAAUCGGCAUUUGGCGCAACCUCUUCGAUGGGAGGAUUUGGUAGUACGCCAGCGUUUGGCGCACCAUCUGCAGUUGGGGCACAACCUAACAGUAUGAUGUCGGCAGCCCCGACUUCUGCGUUUGGCUCGACUACAUCUAUGGGACAACCUACUGCAUUCGGCAUGCCGCCACAAUCUUCACAACCAUUCGGCAGUACACAACCCGCUACAGCAUUUGGUUCUGCAUCACAGCCAACAACAGGAUUUGGAGCUGCCCCCCCUACAAAUGCAGGGUUCGGCUCAGGCUUUGGUGCACAACCUACAGCACAGCAACAACCCUUGAAUAUAGCAAGUACUGAUGUUCCUUCCGAGCAACAAGCUUUUCUUGCUCCAACAUUCCAAUACAAGAUGAUUCCAGAAGAAGAACCACCAGCUCAGCUACGAUAAACAACUGUAUAACUGGGUUGAUCCUAACAUUAGAUAUUUUACAUUGGCAUAGUUUGUGAGUACUUUAUCCUACUGACAUCAAGGUCAACCUGAGUAUAUCCCACUUCCAAAAAUCACAUCACCACAAUAAAGAACGUAAACGAUUAAAAAUUUAAAA